UCCCUCUCGGACCAAAUCCCUAACAUUCACUUUCACACAUUUAAGAGCAAAUGCUCCUUAACCAGAUCAUCGAUCUCCAGACUCAGUUCGCCAAUCUCGACGACGCGGCUCCUGUAGGCGCCAAAUGUGAUUGGACAGACGGUGAGCUCAAGAUCAAGGCCGAUGUUGAAUUUAUCCUGGUCAGGCUGGAUCGGCACAUCAAGCACAGCGACAUUUCAAUCAGGAAUUACUGCGUCGUCUCCGCCACUUCGUUAACAAGAGGCCUAUAAGGUUCCGUAUUGGGAGCGCUGAGUCGAAGAUAGCGGCCAUGGACUCCUUGCUGAUUUAGCUGAGAGAAUGACAAGAUUACGGUGGCUCAGUCACGCUUUCCUUUUCUAGGUAAUUAAAAUGGCACAAGGUGGCGGCGGAGGCACUGGCAAUGGCGGCAGCAAGAAAGUUGAGGAGAUACAACCACAACCACACCCAGUGAAGGAGCAACUACCUGGAAUUCAAUACUGCGUUAACAGUCCUCCUCCUUGGCCUGAAGCAUUCUUAUUGGGGUUUCAGCAUUAUCUUUUGACUCUUGGGAUGACUGUAUUAAUUCCAACCAUAAUUGUUCCUCAGAUGGGAGGUGGUGAUCUGGAGAAGGGUAGAGUGAUACAGACGUUACUGUUCGUUUCGGGGUUGAGCACAUUAUUCCAGACUCUAUUUGGGACCCGCCUUCCAGUGGUAGUAGUGGGUUCAUAUGCAUAUACAAUACCCAUAACCUCUAUCAUCGUGGCCAAUAGAUUCAGUUCGUGUCCAGAUCCUUAUGAGAGAUUUGACCGAACGAUGAGAGCGAUACAAGGUGCACUAAUUGUUACAGCAUGUUUCCAAACUGUGGUAGGCUUCUUAGGAUUAUGGAGAAAUGCUUUACGGUUCCUAAGUCCUCUCUCUGUUGUUCCAUUCGUAACUCUUACUGGGCUUGGACUCUAUCAUCUUGGGUUCCCCAUGCUGGCAAGAUGUGUUGAGGUUGGCCUUCCAGAGAUUGUCCUGCUGGUUUUAAUCUCCCAAUACCUUCCUCGUUUAAUAAAAUCAAAACCUCAUCUAUGUGAACGAUUCGCAGUCCUGUUCUCAGUUGCAAUUGUGUGGCUAUAUGCUCAGCUUCUUACUUCAACUGCUGUAUACAAUCACAAACCUGCAGCAACUCAGCUUAGUUGUCGCACUGAUCGUGCUGGACUCAUUAGUGAAGCUUCUUGGAUAUAUAUUCCAUACCCAUUUCAAUGGGGAAGCCCUACCUUUAAUGCUGGAGAAGCUUUUGCAAUGAUGGCUGCUUCUUUCGUAUCUAUCUUUGAGUCUACAGGAACUUUUAUUGUAGCAGGAAGAUACGGAAGUGCAACACCAGCUCCACCUUCAGUGAUCAGCCGCGGUACUGGAUGGCUGGGGAUUGGGGUUUUGCUCAGUGGCAUACUCGGUGGUCUGACAGGAACAACAGCUUCAGUAGAAAAUGCUGGCUUAUUGGCAUUGACAAAAGUUGGAAGCCGAAGAGUGACACAAAUAUCAGCUGCCUUCAUGAUCGUCUUCUCUGUAUUUGGAAAAUUUGGAGCUUUUUUCGCCUCUAUACCUCUGCCAAUUGUAGCAGCUAUGUAUUGUGUUCUAUUUUGUUUUGUCUCGUCUGCUGGUCUCAGCUUUCUCCAAUUCUGCAAUCUGAACAGCUUCAAAACAAAAUUUAUCUUAGGCUUCUCUUUAUUCAUGGGAAUUUCGGUUCCGCAGUACUUCAGAGAAUAUUACCAAGGAGGCUGGAGGUCAGAAUAUUUUCAUACUAGUUCCACAUGGUUCAACGAUACAAUCAAGGUUAUCUUCAUGUCUCAUGCAACGGUGGCUGCAUUAGUUGCAUUGUUCUUGGAUUGCACGAUUUCGCGGCAGAAUGAGGAGACUCGAAAUGACUGUGGCUUGAAGUGGUGGGAGAAGUUUUGCUUGUACAAUUCAGAUGUUAGGAAUAAUGAAUUCUAUGGACUUCCGUUCAGACUCGACAAGCUUUUCCCAGCUCUUUAAACCUCCCUCGAACUUUUUAUCUUUUCCCGCAUUCUUGUACGUUUUGCCUUGUGGAGAAAAAUUACUCCUUCCAUUUGCCAACUAUAUUAAAUCUGUAUGGUUUCAU